AUGGACACUCUUUGCAAUCUACAAGAGCAACAUGUUGUCUACCUGGGUUCAGGUCAGACUGGUACUGAUCCAGAGCAGUAGUUAAAACCUCAUCCAGAGCAACAUCAGACCAGACUUGUGGACAGUUGGAUCUAAGCAGUUCCACAACUUCUUGCUUUCCUAGAGGACUUACUUACUGACUGACUGAUUUACUAUAAGUGGGGGGAAACCCCACAUUCCUUCUCACUUUAAUUCACCCUGAACUCGACUUUUAACUGGAGGGAUCCUGUGUGGCUCAUGUUGAUGGCGUGUUAAAAAGAGAGGAGAGAAAACAAGCCUUUACGUGAGGAGGGAGCCACACAACACAGCGAGGAGGGAGGAGGCUGGCUGUUCAUGCCUACACACAAGAAUUCAGAUGGGAUUAAAGUCCAGAUGGAGUUCCAGCAAAGGUCCAAGACCGUUUGCUAACAGGAUGUCCCACUGCUGUUCUUUCGUGUGCUGGGCCAUGUUAACCAUGGCAGCACUGGCUAGUGCCAGGCCACCAUUCGACUCUGACGAACACUCCACUCCAGAAGUAGAAGGUCCUCCAUACUGGACUCAACCGACCAAGAUGGAAAAGAGGUUGCACGCUGUGCCAGCAGCCAACACCGUCAAGUUCCGUUGUCCCUCUGGAGGCAACCCGAAACCAACCAUGCGAUGGUUAAAAAAUGGCCGGGAGUUUAAGCCGGAAUAUCGAAUGGGUUCGUACAAGAUUCGGCCUCAGCAUUGGAGUCUGGUUAUGGAAAGUGCAGUUCCGUCUGAUAAGGGGAAUUACACGUGUGUGAUCGAAAAUAUCUACGGAUCCAUAAACCAUACGUACCACCUUGACGUAGUCGAACGGUCUCCGCAUAGGCCCAUCCUUCAAGCCGGGCUCCCAGCAAACAAAACGGUGUUGGUCGGGAGCAACGUGGAGUUUGUGUGCAAAGUGUACAGCGACGCUCAGCCACACAUACAGUGGCUGAAGCAUUUUGAGAAGAACGGCAGUCGGUACAACCCAGAAGGCAACCCAUAUGUCCACGUCUUAAAGCAUUCGGGGAUAAAUAGUUCCAAUGCUGAAGUGCUGAAACUGUUCAGUGUGACUGAGGCGGACAGUGGAGAAUAUAUAUGUAAGGUCUCCAAUUAUAUUGGAGAGGCCAAUCAGUCUGCCUGGCUCACUGUUAUUGAUUCCCACCACCAAAAAGUUCCUGAAGAGAAGGCAAAAGGGUUGACCUCCCCUGACUACCUGGAAAUAGCUAUCUAUUGCAUUGGGGUCUUCAUCAUCGUGUGUAUGAUGGUGACGGUUAUCAUAUGUCGGAUGAAGACUCGAAUGGAGAAUACGGAGAAGAAGCCAGAUUUUAACGCACAGCCACCUGUGCAAAAGCUGACCAAGCGCAUCCCUCUGCGCAGACAGGUAACAGUCUCUGCUGAUUCCAGUUCUUCUAUGGGCUCAAACGCCCCUCUGGUCAGGAUCACUCGGCUCUCUUCCAUGGACACACCGAUGCUGGCCGGAGUCUCGGAGUAUGAGCUACCGGAAGAUCCGAUGUGGGAGUUUUCACGGGACAAGCUGACACUUGGCAAACCCCUUGGAGAAGGCUGCUUUGGACAAGUUGUGUUGGCAGAUGCUUUGGGGGUCGACAAAGACAAGACGAAGGAACCCGCCCAUGUGGCUGUGAAGAUGCUGAAAGUUGACGCCACAGAAAAAGAUCUAUCGGACCUUGUUUCUGAGAUGGAAAUGAUGAAAAUGAUCGGCAAGCACAAGAAUAUCAUCAAUCUACUUGGAGCCUGCACCCAGGAUGGUCCAUUGUAUGUCAUUGUAGAGUAUGCAUCCAAAGGCAAUCUGCGUCAGUACCUGCGUGCGAGGAGGCCUCCUGGUAUGGAGUACACCUUCGAUGUCAACCAUGUACCAGAAGAGCAAUUAACAUUCAAAGACCUGGUGUCCAGUACUUACCAAGUGGCGAGGGGCAUGGAGUACUUGGCUUCCCAGAAGUGCAUCCAUCGAGACUUGGCAGCUAGGAAUGUUCUUGUUACGGAAAAUAAUGUGAUGAAAAUUGCAGACUUUGGGUUGGCCAGAGAUGUCCACAAUAUUGAUUACUACAAAAAGACGACAAAUGGUCGACUUCCAGUAAAGUGGAUGGCUCCCGAAGCUCUGUUUGACCGUGUUUACACACAUCAGAGUGAUGUGUGGUCAUUUGGGGUGCUGAUGUGGGAAAUCUUCACCCUGGGAGGAUCUCCGUAUCCAGGCAUUCCGGUCGAAGAGCUUUUCAAACUCUUGAAGGAAGGCCACAGGAUGGACAAACCUGCCAACUGUACUAAUGACUUAUACAUGAUGAUGCGAGAUUGCUGGCAUGCCAUUCCUGCACAACGACCAACUUUUAAACAGUUGGUUGAAGAUCUGGACCGAAUUCUCACUUUAUCAUCGAACGAGGAAUAUUUGGACCUUUCUGCACCUCUGGAACAGUAUUCACCCAGUUAUCCUGAUACAAGGAGUUCAUGCUCGUCAGGAGAUGAUUCUGUUUUCACUGACCCUAUGCCCAAUGAGCCAUGUCUUCCAAAGUAUCAACAGCACAUGAACGGCACUGUUAAAACAUGAAUCGGAAGCAUCGACUUGCCAAUCUGACUUUAAAUGUGACCUUCCCUGAUCGACGCCAUAUUUUUUUUUGAGGAACAUGGGACUCCAUAAUGGAAAGCUGGUACGGUACGGUUGUUGUGGAAACGAUGCAAUACAUGGACAGGAAUGCACUGUACAUGAAGAAAUGUGCAAAUCUAAAGCUCUUACAGGAAAAAAAACAAACUAAAGACAAGACGGGAGAAGUUGACAGAUUUAAAAACAAAACAAAACAAAAAAAAAUGUCACGUUGAUUACUGAAUAUUUGCGGAGAUGUGGUAGCCAGGGCUAUUUUCGUUUCCAUCGAGUUGGAACUUUGGGCAGAUUUGAAUGGAAAUUUCUGCCUUGAUUGUUAAUUUGUAAUAUUGGGAAAUUUAUCCAGCACGAAACUUCGCAGCUAAAUGGAGUGUACGUGUGGGCAGUAUUUGUAAAUAUACCCAAAAAGUGUAUAAAUAUAUAUUAUAUAUAUAUUUACAGUGAAUUAUUUUUUGUAUGGAUAAAAAUAACGGUGAUUCUAUUGCAGCCAGAAAAUGAAAGCCACCUUUUGUUAAAUAGUUAACUGCUUUUUCGAAACUGUUCUUCGACAGUGAUUCCUUAGCACUUCACUUCUGAAACAUUUGUUCAAGACACUUCAAAGUUAAAAAAAAAAAUUAUUUUGUUUUCAGGGAACGAUAAUUUAUUUUAACUCGUUUGGUAUUUAACAGCAACAAUUAAAAUAAUUAACCCUUGA